AUGUCCCCCUGGAGCCACCGCAUCUCCCUUGGAGCCACCAUGUCCUCCUGGAACCACCAUGUCCUCCUCAAGCCACCGUGUCCCUUCUGGAACCACCAUGUCCUCCUCGAGCCACCGAUCGCCCUGCGGAGGAUGCCCUCCAUCCGCCAGACGCUGCAGGAGAUGGGCGUGAAGGUGCGGGACGUGUUCCCGGAGCUGCGCCGGGCCACGCGCGGAGCAGGGGACGGUCCCCGCAACGGGACAGCUCCCACCCUGCUCACCAACUACCUGGAUGUGAGUGUGGCCCCGCCCGAUACCCAAUAUUUCGGCGAGAUCAGCAUCGGGACCCCCGCGCAGACCUUCAAGGUGGUUUUUGACACGGGCUCGGCCAACCUGUGGGUGCCAUCCUACAAGUGCUCCCCACUCUACAGCGCCUGUGUGUCCCACAGCCGCUACGACUCGUCCAAGUCGCGCACCUACAUCGCCAACGGCACCGGCUUCGCCAUCCGCUACGGCACCGGCAGCGUCAAAGGCGUCCUCAGCCAGGACAUUGUCAUGGUGUCGGACAUCCCGAUCGUCCAGGUGUUCGCCGAGGCCACGGCUCUGCCCGCCUUCCCCUUCAUCUUCGCCAGGUUCGACGGCGUGCUGGGCAUGGGCUACCCCAGCCAGGCCAUCGAUGGCAUCACGCCCGUCUUCGACCGCAUCCUGGCACAGCAGAUCCUCCAGGAGGACGUGUUCUCCGUCUACUACAGGAUUGGAGUGGGCCUGGUCGGCUUCGGCCUCUUCUUCCUCCUCUUUGGGAUCCUCCUGUACUUCGACUCGGUGCUCCUGGCUUUUGGGAACCUCCUCUUCCUCUCUGGCUUGGUCUUCAUCAUCGGCUUCCGGAGGACCUUCACCUUCUUCUUCCAGCGGCCCAAGCUGAAGGGCACCAGCUUCUUCUUCGGGGGGCUCAUUGUGGUCCUCAUGCGGUGGCCGAUCCUGGGCAUGCUGCUGGAGGCCUACGGCUUCAUCUCCCUCUUCAGGAGCUUCUUCCCGGUGGCUUUUGGGUUUUUGGGCUCGCUGGCAAACAUCCCGCUGCUGAGCCAGUCUGGAGAAGACUCGAGUGGGUGNUGCUGGGAUGAGAUUUUUGGGAAAAAAGGGAAUCCCUCCCGCUGUGUUUGGCACAGGAACGCUCCCCUGAAGCCCGGCGGGGAAAUCAUCCUGGGAGGCAGCGACCCAGCCUAUUACACCGGCGACUUCCACUACCUGAACGUCAGCAGGAGCGGCUUCUGGCAGAUCCGCAUGAAGGGGGUGUCUGUAGGGGCUGAGAUCCUGUUCUGCAGGGAAGGCUGCUCCGUGGCCGUGGACACCGGAGCCUCCUACAUCACCGGCCCUGCUGGCCCCGUGUCCGUGCUCAUGAAAGCCAUCGGGGCCACCGAGGUGGCCGAAGGAGAGGUGAGUGACAGCCACCCCCUGUCCGUGUCCCCGAGGCCGCCUGGCCCUGUCCCAGCACUGUCCCCUCCCCUGCAGUACGUGGUGGACUGCGAGCAGGUGCCUCAGCUGCCCAACAUCUCCUUCCACCUCGGAGGGAAGGUCUACGGCCUCAGCGGCCCGGCCUACGUGCUGCGGGUGAGUGUCCAAAAUCAGCCCCAAUCAGCCCCAAAAUGCUGCUCCUAAACCCUCCUGUUGGGUGGAGGUGCCCACCUGAGCUAGGGCGAGCUGUCCCUGCAUCCUUGGGUGGUUUGGGGGGGAUUUGGGGUCAGCCAGGGAUGGGUUUUGGUGGGAUUUGGAUAUCAGGAAAGGUUUUUCAUCCUGGGACAGCGGGAAGUUCACAGUGGGCAAAUCCCCAUUUUCCUGGUGUUCAGAAAAUUCCACGAUCCCCCGAUCAAGGAGCAGUGUGGCCGAGCAGGAGGUGACACCGGGACCCUCCCGCUGUCCCCUCCAUCACCCCUGCAGCAAUCCCAGCACCUCUGGGGGGCUUGGCCAAACCCAAAGCACCUCAGGGAGGUCACCCCCAGGCACAGGGUGGGAUAUUUGGGGGAUUUUGGGGGCUGGCUGUGCAGGGGAAGGAGCUGUUCCUGACGAUCCUCGUUCAGAAGAUUCCAUGGUCCCCGAGCAAG